AUGGGGCGGAAUCCGAUCUGCACUGUGUACAUAGGUAAACUUGAUUGUGUUGGGCAUUUGGCUUCGAUUUAUUUCAUCUUGCCUUCGGUGAUGAAGCUGUGGUCGAAUGUCGGCAUUUUAGCGUAUAAUGCGGACUUGGUGGUGGCGUUUCUUUCUUGCUUAAGUUGGCGUUGUUCUAUCUUCCGAGUCAUGCUCUUCGACGUGAAGGAGACAGAUGAUGUUCGUGAUUUAUCCUUAUAGUAGUCUCGGUUAUGCUUUGACAAGCUGCCCCUGCCCUGGAAUACGCGCGAUAAGGGCUUCUUCACGGAGGUUCUGAUUUCCUCUCUCUAUCCUCGCAAUCGUAUUACUUGAUCCCACCAUGGUUUCACGCUGUGGUUUCUCACGUUGCGUUUGAGAAUGGUAGCCAGAUAUCUUGCGGCUGUGUGGGCACUUUUUCAAAAUCUAUUCACUACAAACUGUACAAUCUUUGCUCUAAACAAAGAAAAAAUGCUGCACGACAUCGUGAGAGGAUAUGCCGAUUUUGGCUGUAUCACGACAUCUAAUUCCAGCGUGUUGCGUGUCCAUUUAACCCCCUGUUGUUAGUUAUUGAGGAUAUUCGACCCCUUGUUGUGCGGUCCUAAUUACCUCCAAUCUCACCCAUGGUUUAUUUUAAAAGGCUUGGAAUGAAUGAUAACUCUGAUAAGUCUACUGACCUGGCUGGCCCAGUUUUUUGUAUGUUUUUAUGGGGCUGCACAAAAUCUUCCAUGCGGAUUAACUGAGUAGCUCUCCAAAGGAAGAGGGAUUUAUUUACAUAAUCAUUGUUUCAUCUGAAUUUUGUGUAUGCUCUUAAACAUGAAUUUUGUGUACACUUGCCACGUUUGCAAGACCUCAUUUGCAAACCUAAUUUGCGUAUCAAGUUGGUAUCCAUAAGAUUGUCAUCUUACAUGUGGGAAAUUGACUAUUCACCGAAAUUCAGACAUCUAGAGGGGGAAAAAUAACCCAUUUUUUGGUCUCUCCUUUUUCUUUUAAAUGUAAUAAUAGAGACUGAUACAGACAGAGGUAUCCUUAAUUGAGGCAUCCUCUUCUUAUCAGCUGUGUCCUGAUGGGUAAUGCUUAUUCUGGAUCUGGAUUGGUGUGAUUAUCCGUCACCCUGAAUUUUCUUUCCUCUUGUAUAUAUUCGGUUGAGAUCUGUGAUUUUGUAGAACUAGAAUAUGUGUUCCAUUUUUCUAAUUAACUUCCCUACAAAGUUUAUCGUCCCCACAUUUGGUUUGUGUCUCAUAAUCCCCAAUCCUUCCCUUUUAUCCAUUUGUUGAUUCAUCUUUUGGAUGCAUUUCUUUCCUUCAUCGUUUUUGGGUCUAGCAUGGGCACUGUGUUGAUUUUGUUCUUGAUUCUGUUCACUUCAGGUAAUCUGGAUGAGAAGGUGACUGAUCGGAUCUUAUAUGAGAUCCUUAUCCAAGUGGGCCAUAUAGUCGAUCUAUUUAUGCCUCAGGAUAAGGAGGCGAACCGUCACAAGGGUUUUGCCUUUGCUGAGUUUGAGACUGAGGAGGUUGCAGACUAUGCUGUAAGGCUAUUCUCUGGCAACGUCCGUCUGUAUAACAAGACACUGAGGUUUGCGGUGCGUUAUUGAUCAUUCCUUCACCAAGUUACAUCAUGCUUUUUCUAGUUUUUUGUUGAUUGUCUCACCUGAGCACUGAUAGGAAAUCCCACCUCCCCUUCCGUUAGAGUUCUCCAAAAUUAUCUUAGAUGAGCGGUGCUCAUUAUCCUUGAAAUCUUCUCAUUCUGAACAGAUUUCCAGCCAAGGUAAGCCCUCCCUGAGCAAUGAUACCCCUUCAACACCCAGGCCAAACUCACAUGCGUCUGUGAAGCCUCAUCCUCUGCACUUUAGAAAAACAGAAUCACUCCAGGAUUCUCUGCAGUCGCCCAGUUGCAGGGUUUUGGUUAGCCUCCAGUGACCCCACGUUGUCUUCCCCUAGGUGAUCUUCUUCCAUGGAUCUAUAUUACCCUCCAGUCACCCUCCACAUUCGACAUUGAAUUUUUACUGCUCACUGGGUUCUCACUCGUAGGCUGACCUCACAGCAUCUUUGGCUGGGUGCAUCGGCAACGGGGCAGAUCCCUGCGAUUUCGAUUACUGUAGAAGGUUUCUUGGUUCAAUUGCAUGCAUGCAAUGCCGAAUGCCUGGGUUCUCACCAUCUGGGUGCCCAUCACCAUCAGUGAGAUGCCUUAGAACAAGGUGGCCUAGGUUUACACAUGGAACUUCCUGUUCUGUGCAUACCCUUUGUGUGGUAAAUUCUGACUAUCUCUCUCUCUCCACUGUAGAGUGCUUAUUCCUCUUUGCCUCUGGUUAA